AGCUAGCAGUUGCAUUUGCAGAUGUUCUGCGCUUGCUCCAAGCAGACUCCUGUGUUGCCCCGCCCCCUGUUUUCCUACAAUGUCUGUAGUCCCACGUGCUGCCUUUCCCUGCUGUUUCUCUUCCGUGGCACAUGCGCAGAUACCCCACGUUGGCAAAUGGCUGCGGAGCUGGAGCCUUUGAUGGCGGAGUGGCUGGGAGCUGAGAAAGCUGAAGACACCCGAGGGCAGGCCACAUCUCUGAAUACGAUGGAAGACUUGCUGGAGAUGGUGAAAAAGCUACAGAAAGAGGGAAGCCUGGAGCCCCAGAUUGAGGACCUGAUCCAUCGUAUUAAUGAGCUGCAGCAAGGUCCAGCAAAGAAGAGAUCCAGUGAGGAGCUGGACGAGGCUCAAGCACUCCGGGAAGCCAUGCAUCGGGAACUAGACUCCUUGAACGAAGAGAAAGUACACCUAGAGGAGGUCCUGUGCAGAAAGCAAGAUGCUCUGUCGAUUCUCCAGAAGCAUCCCCAGGAGAGAGAAAGUGACUCUCCACCCUUGGAUGCUCAACAACCGGAGGAGAGGCUGGAGGAUCCGGCAAGUCAACACAAGGACCUCUGGGAGUUCCGUGUCCUGCAGCAGCGACUGGCCCAGGAGAUCAGUGCGAUGGAGCACAGAAAAGAUCAGCUGCUUGCCGAAAGGACUCUGCUUCAAGCCAGGCUGGAGGAGGUGGAGCAGUGGCUGCAGGAGGCCAGAGAGGCCCGGGACAGCCCAGGGAACUGUGGGCUGAAGACAGAGCUGGAGGAAUUUGGGGGGCAGUCCCAGCGCAGCCCAGAAGCUCAAAAUGACAGAGGGGAGGCUGGCCAAGGGGAGCAGCAUCGUUUGGAGCCAUCAGGAGAGUUGCCAAGGACAGGAACCCCCUGCUGA